AUGGCCAGGUCGCUGCCGCCGCUGGGCGUGAUGAUCGAGGUGCCGGGCGCCGCGCUGUCGGCCGAUGCCCUGGCGCGCGAGGCGGAUUUCUUCGCCAUCGGCACCAACGACCUGAUCAUGUACACCCUGGCGAUCGACCGCGGCGAGGAGCGGGUCGCCCACCUCUACAACCCCUUGCAUCCGGCGGUCUUCCGCCUGAUCCACUUCGCCGUCGACGCCGGCCUGCGCGCCGGCAAGAGUGUCUCGGUCUGCGGCGAGAUGGCCGGCGACCCGCGCUACACCCCGCUGUUCGUCGGGCUGGGCGUGCGUGAGCUCUCCAUGGGCCCCAAGGGCCUGGCGCGGGUGAAGGACCGGGUGCGCCGCCUGGACUCGGCGGCGGCGGCGCGAUUGGCCAGUGAAAUCUCCAUGCUGAGCGACGCCGGCGAGAUCGCCCGCCUGCUCGACCUCUUCAACGAGUGGACGCCGGAAGGUCGCGCACCGGUCCCGGCGGCCGGUGACGGCUUGGCCGCAUCGCCCCCCCGGGCGCGAGCGCUUUCGAUGCUGGAAUGGCUAUUUGAAAGCAACGAAUUCUCGCCACACGGGUUUUGUCUUUUCUGGGACCCGCCGGUUCUUUGGCUUCACGUGGCCUCCGACGCCCUGAUCGCCCUGGCCUAUCUGACCAUCCCGGCCGUCCUGUUGACGGUGGCGAUCAAGCGGCCCGACCUGAACCCCUUCAAGGUCCUGUUCUGGUUCGCGGGCUUCAUCAUCACCUGCGCGCUGACGCAUCUGCUCGCGAUCGUCACCCUGUGGGAACCGCUCUACGCGCUCGCGGGCGUCGCCAAGGCCAGCACGGCCCUGGUCUCGGUCUCCACGGCGGCGCUGGUCUGGGUCCUGCUGCCGCGGAUCCUGACCAUACCGAGCCAUAGCGCCCUGGCCGCCGCCAACGCCGAGCUCACCGCCCUGCGGGACUCCCUCGAGACCAAGGUGGCGCAGCGCACCCAGGACCUACAGGAGACCAACACGCGACUGCAGGCCGCCCAGCAGCAGGCCGAACGCGAGGUGGCGGCGCGGACCCGCCUCAUGCGCACCAUCAGCCACGAGCUGCGCACCCGCGAGCGCCUCUCGGACACCGACAAGAGCUACCUCGAACAGAUUCAGGAUGCCGGCCAACUCCUGCUCAGCCUGGUGAACGAAGUGCUGGAGUAUCAGCGCAGUCAGGCCGACCCGGAGGUCUUCAGCAAGGAGCCGGUCGAUUCCCUGAGCGUGGUCGACGACGCCGCGUCGCUGGUCGCGCCGCUGCUGCGCGCCAAGGACCUGACCCUGGAGAUCGAGGUGCCCGAAGGCCUGGAGGCCGCCACCGAUCGCCGCGCCGCCCUGCAGAUCGUGAGCAACCUGCUGUCCAAUGCCGCCAAGUACACGCCCGAGGGCGGUCGCAUCGGCGUCAGCGGCGAAGAGUGCCCGGCGGGCCCGCGCUUGACGAUCUGGGACACCGGCGUCGGCAUCUCGAAAGAGGACCAGCAGCGCAUGUUCCACCCCUUCUUCCGGGCCCGCGCGACCGAAUCCAUGGCGCAGGGCACGGGCCUCGGCCUGGCCACGGUGCGGCGUCUCGCCGAACGCCUGGGCUGGCAUCUGGAGGUGGAAAGCGCGCUGGGAAGCGGCACCGCGAUCCACCUCCAGCUCCCCUGCGCGGACCGCGAGGCCGCCGCCGCCGCGGCCCUCGACCAGCCCCACUCACCCGAGCCCAACUUGCUGUUGGGGGGCGAUCCUGGUAUCUCCGGGGCGACCCGGACAGAGAUCUCCCUGGGAACCUCCGUACAACCUCCCGAGACGACGCGAUCGGGACAACCGAGCGAGGACCGCUUUCUCAUGGCCGACUUCACCGACUACAAGGUCAAGGACAUCUCGCAGGCCGACUACGGCCGCAAGGAAAUCGAGAUCGCCGAGACCGAGAUGCCCGGCCUGAUGGCGCUGCGCGAGGAAUACGGCCCCUCGAAGCCGCUCAAGGGCGACCAUGCCGCCGCGGCCAUCGCCGCCGCCGGCAUCCCCGUCUUCGCCUGGAAGGGCAUGAGCGAAGAGGAGUUCUGGUGGGCGAUCGAGCAGACGAUCACCGGCCCCGACGGCUGGAAGAUCAACAUGAUCCUCGAUGACGGCGGCGACCUCACGCAGCUGAUGCACAGCGAGAAGUACCUGCCGAUGAUGGAGGAGGUGCGCGGCAUCUCCGAGGAGACCACCACUGGCGUCAUCCGCCUCUACCAGAUGGCGAAGGCCGGCACGCUCAAG